AUUCAUACACUACUUUUAUUCUUUCUCUCUUUAUUGUAUAUAUGAUUAGUUAUGUAAAAUGUAUUAACAAUAAAUAACACUCUACUCUGUCACGUCUACCUGAUUCUCCCAUACUAGUCCUGUCUACCCCCCACCCCUAUCCACCUCACGUUGACCUGAGUUCCCUAGGGAGGGUAAUGAGGUCAUCACUAAAGAACGGAUUACAGGGUCUAGCUUAAAAUUACCUUCAUUAAGAUUAAAAUUAUCAAACUUUUGUAUACAUGCAGACUCUAUUAUUCUACGUUUCUUAAAGUUAUUACAUUUAUACAAUAGCUGACUGUCGUCCCAGUUAAUAGAGUGAUUAUUUUCUGAAGCAUGUUUAAACAUAGCAUUAUUCAGGUUACAUGUCCGAAAAGCAUAUAGAUGUUCUUUUACACGAGUUUCUAAAUUUCUAACAGUUUCUCCAAUAUAAACAAGGUCACAAUCUUUACAGUCAAUUUUAUAUACGCCAGCUGUACCAUCUACAAAAUUCUUGUUUUUUACUAACGUUGAUUUAAUGGUGGAGAUAUAUUUAUAUGCUAUGUUUACAUCAAGGUCCUUAUUAACAGUUUUAACGACAUCAAGUUCAGGUCAGGUCAGGUCAGGUCAGGAUCAGGUCAGUUCAGGUAACACCCCAGACAGCAGAUUCGGUCAAGGAGAGGUCAUCAGAAGUGACCGCAUAGAAAUUAAUUCAAGCAGUCUCUCUAGAAGUUUUAUAAAUUUAUAUCAAGAAUAUAAUAAUUUUGUUCAAAAUAAAAAAGAAAUUCAGAAUGACUUUAUCCCAAAGAAACUGUUUAGGUCAAGCAGUAAUGAUCCUAAAUGGAGACGCAGAGUUAGAGGAGACAUGAUUGAAGUAUAGAAAUGGUUCAAGGGGAUUAACAAGGGAGGGGCAGUGACGGCAUGAGGUCAAGUGCACUCAGGUCAGCCACAGUUUGGUGGUGACUGCUGAGAGGACUCAGUCAGAGGCUAAACUUCAUCAUGGCAACACCUAGAGAAGUGUUCGAUUUCGAAGACGAAGGUUUUUCUACUAUCAUUCUAACCGAGACAGAAGAUUUAGUGCAUUUUCGCUUAAACGUGAAAACCGACGAAGAGUUCCAGCGUUGGAAGGAGCUAUACAUGGGAAAAACCAACACUUGCUUCAACGUCAAGCAUGUAUAUCCUGCCCGUUGCAGAAAAUUGCUUCAUAAAAUACUAAUUUGUCAUCAUGGUGCUGCUCGCCACUUGGGAAAGAAGAGAACAUAUACUGGGUAAGUACCUGUUAAAAAUUUGUUCUAUAAAUAGGAUACAUUUACUAUGCCCUGCGGUUCAAAAUACAUAUCAGUUAUUUUUAACACACUAUAUGAAGGAAACUGCAAACCUCUCGUACUCAAGGCAGCUCCUUCUACCAUCCCCAUUUCUUAUCUAUGCUGUUCUUGAUAUUCAUCUUAACCUUGUUCGUAGGUGCCCUGUAACAAUGGACGUUGUCAUUCGGUUCAUAACUAAGGACACUGUAAAGAAGGACAAACUGAUGGCCACACACCCAUGCUUCGUAAAACUGAAGGGACAGCACAAUCACUCUCUACAGUCUGCAGAAGCUCUGAACCAGCUUAGGGUACUUCCGGAAACGAGGGAGACUUUUAUUAAGUAUUUUGAGCAAGGAAUGACUGCUAAUCAGGCUGGAAGAUUCCAUGUCCUAAAAAUGGGGCUGUGUGAUGACUUAUUUGGACAGGCCAAUCAUGCUAUAAACCCAUCGCCUCGUGCUAUCAGUUAUAUGAGAGACGAAUGGCUGAAGAAUGAACAUGGUGGCCUGAAGAACUUAUCAAUGGCAGAGGCAAUCAGAAAGUAUGCCGCAAAUAACCCAGAUGUGACGAUACUGGAGGACAUAUCAGAAGGAAGUUUUACUGCAGUACUUGUUACAGCUUUUAUGAAGAGAGUCCACAUUAAAUUUAGGGAAGCUGGAGAAGUAAUCUUUGUGGAUGCCACGGGAUGUGUUGACCAACUCAACACUUCAGUUAUUCCCUUCCUCUGUGCUGGACCAGCAGGUGCUGCUCCACUGGCAGUGCUGUUUACAUCUUCCCAAGAUGAAGCAACACUGAAAAAAGGUAAGUCUGACAAUUUUCCUUUUACUGAAUGUUGUUAACUCCGACUGUGGAUUUGUAAUCGGUAUAUUGUGCGUGUGAGAAAUACAUAGAAAUGGUCUUCGUAUUGCAUACUAACUCU